AUUACUUUACCAAACUCUAUUGCUUUAUACAACAUGGCUUGUGGUGGUUAUUGAAAGUUAUAGUGUUAUCUUCUUUAGCAACAAGUGUCAAUCAAUAUUUUUGUCAUAUGACUUUGCAUAUCGGUUAAUUUUAUUUAAGAGAUAAUAUUCCCUAUGAGUUUUAAUUGUGUGUGUUGACUUCAUUUUUUUAAAUAAUUGCUAGGAGCAGGUGAGAUGACAUGCUUGUCAAUAAUCAGUGAAAAGAUGAAUGAAUGAAUUAUUACUGGGAUUUUGGUAUUCCUCAACAAUGAGCGGAUAUUUUUUCUCUUGAAUUUGAAUAAUAAUGAGGAGUACAAUAUGAAGGAGAUGGUAGGAGGUUGCUGUGUGUGCUCGGACGAGCGAGGUUGGCCCGACAACCCGCUGGUCUACUGUGAUGGCAAUGGAUGCACUGUUGCAGUACAUCAAGCAUGUUAUGGGAUAGUGACUGUACCAACUGGCCCAUGGUUCUGCAGAAAAUGUGAGAGCCCCGAAUUCAAAGGAAAAGUACGAUGUGAAUUGUGCCCUUCAAAGUCUGGUGCUCUCAAACGCACUGAUACAGGGGGAUGGGCCCACGUGGUCUGCGCUCUAUAUAUACCUGAAGUCAGGUUUGGGAAUGUUACAUCAAUGGAGCCCAUUGUAUUACGACUUAUACCACCAGAGAGAUACAGCAAGGUAUGCUAUAUUUGCCAAGAUUCUGGCAAAUCGCACCGAGCUAAUGCAGGUGCCUGCAUGCAGUGCAAUAAAUCAGGAUGCAAACAACAAUUCCACGUGACUUGUGCUCAGAGCCUCGGCCUGUUGUGCGAGGAGGCCGGCAAUUAUCUGGACAAUGUUAAAUAUUGCGGCUAUUGCCAACAUCAUUAUGGUAAACUGAAAAAAGGCGGUAACGUGAAGACCAUCCCUCCUUACAAGCCGGUCCCGCAUGAAAGUCAUUCGAGCGACUCGAGUGAGAAAGAGGGCGGAGGGUCUCCUUUGGCUAGCGGCAGCGGAACACCAACACACCCAGCUAAAGCUAAAGGGUCGCGCAAGUCAUCUCAUAACAGCAGUGUACCAGGAAAGAAUACACCGAACGCUUCAAAAACACCUACAAAUUCGGGACAACAAUUGGAAGCAGAUUCCGGUCAGGAAGGGGAUCAUUCUUCAACGUCGCGGAAACACAAAUCUACAGACAAACGUGGAAAAUCCCAUAAAUCGGUAGACAAAAAGAAACCAUCGCCUUCACGUCGUGGAUCGUCCACCGGGGACACGGCUGGUAGUGGUAGCAAAAACAGCACCCCAGCGCCCUCUCCGCAACACACUGCUCCAGAACAAACAUCCACGCCACCUGCCAAAGUGUCGCCGGCACCUAAUACAGCUCCAAUCAUACCAAUCAACACUGCGAAGAUACCUCUACCGGCGUCCCCGCCGACGGUCAAGACCUCAGAGCCCGUAGGCCUUGUCAAUUCUGUCGCCCCUACAUCGACUGUAUCAUCUACUACAGUAACUACUGCUAUAAAUAACACGCCAGUGUGUCUUUCAAUGGUCCCCUUGCCUCCAUCGAAAGGGCCGUAUGUAGACAGUAUAAUUACCAACAUGGAUGUAGAAACUAAACAAACAAAGAAGAGGAAGGCUCUUUCUGCGGCCAGUACACCGACCAGGCCAGUUGAUUAUGCAGCUACACCGCCGCAUUCCGCGCCCACUGAUAUGAGUGCUCCGAACAGUACUCCAAUCUGGGAGGCUGCUCAUCCUCCGAAUGAUGUGCCGAUGGAUCCUGUUGACAAGGUCAUCAAAAAGGCAAAGACUGAGGAACCUCCGCCAGUGUCUCACUUCCCGAACUUGAGCCCCGCGCCCCCGCCCCCGCCGCCGCCGCCCCCCGCUCACAGCCCUGUUCUGAUGCCCAGCCCAAGACAUCUUCCCAGUCCUAAGCCAGGACCUAGCGGAAUAAAUAGCGUUACAAAUAUGAGAUCCCCGUCACAUUUGCAGGGCGCGAAGGCCGAGCGGGACAUGGCCACGUCGCUGCUUGUGUCGGUGCCCUUGCCGUCUGCCAGCCAAGGUCUCAACCUCACCGCGCACUCACAGGUCCCAAUAUCGGUCGCACAUACAACGCCAUACCAUAUCCCACUAUCCGAGAUGCCUGGCCCUUCGCAUGUAUUCCAUCAACCGCCAAAACAGGCUGCUAUGGACCCAGGUGUUCCCAGUCACUCGCCUCAUGCUAUACCUGGCAGAACAACUUGGGGCGGUCUCAACGUCUCUUACGAAAUGCAGCAAGAUAUGAACAAACCUGGUGUGAGCGGUGUGCCGGGGUCAAGUAAGGAUCCAAACGCGGCAGCCAUGAGCCCAAUACCGGGGGCUAUAAGGAACAAGAAACGCGCCGCGGUGUCCUCCACCCUCGUUUCCAUGACUACAGUACCACCUCCAACUCCUAUGCACUCGCCCUCGACACUUAACCUCGCGAACAUGCGUAGGCCGCCUCAGUCUACACCGCCGCUAAUGUACCAAGACAUUAAAGAUUCUCCGCCAAGUUCACCCAAUUCGGAUCGUCCGUUGAAGCCUAAAAUGGAACAUAAUUUGUACAGUCGUCUUGGCGUGAACUGCCCCGCGCCUCAUAUGUUGGGUAACGAGCUGAAUCCUGAGAGCGGAGCGGCAGCGCGCUUGCAGGAACAACUUAGUGCGGAGCUGGCCGCGCAUGCGGCUGGCGGCAUCGGUGUUGAGCCAUUAGUUCCUCCACCACUCAUCAACAGAGCUGCUUCGGGGGGCUGGCCUGGAGAUGGCGCUGCGAUCGCGGGUGUUAGCGGUUUAAGCGGUCGUGGGCCAACAUCAAGUGCCCAAAGUCUGGAUCAGUUGUUGGAAAGGCAAUGGGAACAAGGCUCACAGUUCCUAAUGGAACAGGCUCAACAUUUUGACAUAGCAUCAUUGCUGUCGUGCUUGCAUCAGCUCCGAACGGAGAAUGUCCGCCUUGAGGAGCAUGUGGGCAGCCUGCUGCAAAGGCGGGACCAUUUGCUGGCUGUUAAUGCCAGACUUGCCAUUCCUCUCACAGCUGUGGCGGCAGGUCCCCCGGAGCCGAGUCGAUGCAUGCGGGAUGUGUCUCAACUGCGAGCUACUCCCGGACCAGUACGACCCAAUGAAACUAUCACUUCGGAGCGUUCGCAUCAGCUGAUAAUGCGCGAGGUGCAGCAGCAAAAGCCCAGCUGAAACCAGGAGAGUGGCGGCGCCGCCGACCCUAAUGCGCUGCGAAACGUACAGACGUACAUAUACUUAGAGCAGCGCCGCCGCCCUGAUUUCUCCAUCGAUUCUAUACUCAAUUACGAUAAUUAAAUUCACGUCUAGCGUUUACCAUCAAAAAUAAUCGAUGUUGAGAAAACUUUUACAACGCAAUUGUGUUUGUGUAGUUUUUAAUUAGUGUAAUAAUUUAUUAGAAUGUCAAUCGUAUCUUAAAUAUUAGGUACUGUUGAUAUUUUAAUGUAUGGUGAUUUAAAUCGCUGAUAAUCGUCAAAUGUUAAUUUGAAGAUUAUUAGCAAUUUGCUCAUUUAUUUUAUAAGAUCGACAUUUUAUUUUAAAGUUGAUAACAUGGGUGUCGCCAGGGCAUUGGCCCUCCCUUAGAGAAUAGUAAAAAAAUAUUAUAGAUAUGUAAAUUACUUCGAAAAUAUGAUGUUAAAGUCCUUAUCCAAGUAGUUAAUUCCAAAAUUAAUUAUUUCUUUAUCAAUUCGGCCAUAUAUAGAUAUGCAAACCCUUAGAAAAAAAAUAACAAUCCUCUCCCUUAGAUGGCGACGCCCUUGGAAUAUAAUAAUCUAGUUCAAACAUUGGACUUAUAGUAAACCUACUGACCGGACAAACUCUCGGAAUGACUAGACGAAACAAUCGUCACAAUAAACGGCCAACAACUAAACAAUACAAAAGUAUUAACAAACGAAAUCUCUAUUGCUUACAAAUGCAAAACGGACAAAGUAAAAUUGAUGUUGCUAAAAACUUAUAGCUCAAGUGAAGGACUUGUUAAAUUUGCACAUAUACGCGUUCAGUAAAACAGCCAUGAAGUGAUUGUUGACACGAUAUUGUAACGUGUUAAAAAGAUUGCUAUAACAAUGGACACAGUUAUACGUGAAUUUUAAUGUUAUAGUGAAUAAUUGGUGUAUUAAAUGUUUGCUUGAAUGUUAGUUGAUUAUAAGAUUUAAUGGCCUCUAUAUGUUUACUAUAUAUCAUAUUUACAUUAAAACAAUUACUGUAUUGAUGUUAAUAGCCCCCAGAUGUUGUUUUCUAUAACAUAAAGACGUGGGUUUACAUUGUUAAAAAUUAGAAAACUUCCUGAUUUUUUGAUUAAACCCGAGAUAGAAACAUGACUAUGUACAGUGGAAUCUCACGGUUACAUAUUUCUAUACUUCUUAUGUUUUGUAAUUUUGUGUUUUUUUUUUAAAUAAUGACUUUGAUGUAUUAAUAUUACAAUGUUAUUCUAU